AUGCCCCGGAGUCCAACGUCAAGUGAGGAUGAAAUGGCUCAAAGUUUUUCGGAGUAUUCGGACGAGUCGGUUUCCGAGAGCUCUAAGGAGGAAGCUGUGUACGAGAGUAUAAAACUGAUGAACGAUCGACCGUUGAGCUUCAUGGACGAUCUUCAGGCCAACACCAUCGUCAUCCGGGUCGUCAUUCCAGACCUGCAGCAGACGAAAUGUAUGAGUUUCGAUGGAGACUUGACCAUUUGGGAGGUGAAACAGAUGAUCCUGUGCACUCUCAAUCAAAGCUUGAAGGACGUACUGAACUACGGACUCUUCCAGCCGGCCAACAACGGCAGAGACGGAAAGUUCCUGGAUGAAGAACGUCAGCUCAGUGAUUAUCCACAACCUCUCAGUAAAGGUGUCCCAUCUCUGGAGUUCCGCUAUAAAAGCCGAGUGUACAAACAACCCAAUACAGACGAGAAACAAAUCACCAAAUUACACACAAAGGCUAAUCUGAGAAAGUUUAUGGAGUACAUCCAAAAUCACCAGGUAGAGAAAAUCUCCAAGAUGUUAGAUAAAGGACUCGACCCAAACUACCACGAUCUAGACACAGGGGAGACACCACUAACGUCCGCUGCUAAACUGGAGAACGUAGCUGAGAUCAUUAAGGUGUUGAAGAACGGAGGAGCUCAUCUGGACUUCAGGGCUAAAGACGGAAUGACAGCCUUACACAGAGCAGCCUGCGCUAACAACAAACACUCACUGAAGACUUUGCUUGACUUGGGGGCGUCGCCAGACUAUAAGGACAGUCGUGGUUUGACGUCGCUGUAUCACACAACCAUGGUGGGCGGAGACUCUGGCUGCUGUGAGCUUCUCCUCCACGAACACGCCAGUAUCAGCUGCCAGGAUGAAAACGGCUGGCACGAAAUUCAUCAGGCAUGUCGACAUGGUCACGUCCAGCAUCUUGAGCACCUGCUGUUUUAUGGAGCUGAUAUGAGCGCCCAAAACGCAUCAGGGAACACGGCGCUGCACAUCUGCGCUCUCUACAACCAGGAUAAAUGUGCUCAUGUGCUGCUGGUUCGUGGAGCUGAUAAAGAAGUGAAGAACUACAACAGCCAGAGUUCAUAUCAGGUGGCCAUCAUUGCAGGAAACUUUGAGCUUGCUGAGCUGAUCAAGAACCACAGAGAGAGUGACGUAGUGCCUUUUUGUGAGACCCCUGCGUACUCUAGACGGCGACGCCCUCCUCAUCACUUGACGCCUCCACGUGUGCUGCUUCGCUCCAACAGCGAUAACAACCUCCAACUGCCUCUACAACAAACACACACCAACACAAACACACAACCCUACACACAGACCCACACCAGUCCCAACGGCCGGGUGAGGAACAGAACCACGCCCCGGAGUCGCUCACCCUCACUCGGUCACCUCGGAGAGGAACAUCAACGACUACAGCACAGACCCACAGUGAGUUUUGAUGUUUCUGGACCGAGGAGGAAGCUUUACAGUGCUGUGCCCGGCCGGCAUUUUGUGGCAGUGCGUCCUUAUCAGCCCCAAGCAGAGGGAGAAAUCACACUGUACAAAAAUGACAGGGUCAAAGUGCUCAGUAUUGGUGAGGGUGGAUACUGGGAAGGCAGCGCUCGAGGUCGUGUCGGCUGGUUCCCUUCAAACUGUGUGGAGGAAAUUCCUGGCAAAGCCAAUGAGGGCCGACCACAGAGCCGAGCAGAUCGUAAAGAUAAGAAGAAACUGUUCAGGCAUUACACAGUGGGAUCAUACGACAGCUUCGACGCCUCCAGCGACUGCGCCAUCGAUGAAAAGACGGUGGUGCUGCACAAGAAGGAGAACGAGGGCUUCGGCUUCGUGCUGCGAGGAGCCAAAGCGGACACGCCCAUCGAGGAGUUCACGCCCACUCCUGCUUUUCCUGCCCUUCAGUAUCUGGAGUCUGUGGACGAGGGCGGAGUCGCAUGGGAGGCGGGGCUUCGGACUGGAGAUUUUCUCAUUGAGGUGAACCAGGAGAACGUAGUGAAGGUGGGUCACAGGCAGGUGGUGAACAUGAUCCGACAGGGAGGAAACAGACUCGUCAUUAAAGUGGUGACCGUCACCAGGAACCUGGAUCAGGACGAUUCAGCCAGGAAAAAAGCCCCGCCCCCUCCAAAGCGAGCACCAACCACAGCCCUCUCCAUGCGCUCCAAAUCAAUGACAUCAGAACUGGAGGACAUGGAUAAAGUGGAUGAAGCGUCUCCGUCCCAGAAACACGUCAGAGACAACGGAGCGCCGGACAUGAAAGUGGCUACGAUAAAGCCCCGCCCCUCCAGUCGCGGCAUGGUCGUGCCCAGCGAUUAUAAUUCCAUGUACGAGCGACAAGGUGUAGCAAUCGUUCCUCCCACUGUUCCCAGUGGCCCACAGGGGCCGUACCUGGGCAUACCCAAGGGCACAAUGAAGAGACAGAAGUCCAUAGGAAUCACAGAGGAGGAGAAGCAGUUCCUGACUCCUCCAUUAUUAAAAUUCACCCGCAGCCUUUCUAUGCCUGAUACAUCAGAAGACAUCCCACCUCCACCUGGCGUCUCUCCUCCAUCGCCACCUUUUAGCCCUAAUGCCCCCAGAACCUACAGCAACAACCAGCCUGGCCUUCCCCAAGCAGGCCGAGGAUACGCGAACACAGGCACCAUCCACAGAGUCGGCUUCCUGUGUCAAAACUCGGAUCAGUACGACCCUCAGAACUCUAUAGUGACCCAGCAGAAUUCUCGAACUCGAAACAGAGCCCCGGUUCCUGAGAACCCGUAUUCUGAGGUCGGAAACAAGGCACUGUACGUCCCGGCUAAACCAGCGCGGAGGAAGGGAGUUUUAGUGAAGCAGCCGAAUGUUGAGGACAGUCCCGAAAAGACCUGCUCAAUCCCCAUCCCUACCAUAAUCAUAAAGGAACCUUCGACUAGUAGCAGUGGGAAAAGUAGCCAGGGAAGCAGCAUGGAGAUUGACACAAGCACUCCUGAUCAUCCUGGUCAGCUGAGGCCUGAGGACAGCUUUAGUGUUAAUAAUCCCUUCGCUGCAGCGAUCGCCGGGGCGGUAAGAGAUCGAGAGAAGCGACUCGAGGCACGGAGAAACUCGCCCGCCUUUAUUUCCACAGAUUUAGGAGAUGAGGACGUACCCAUAUGCGCUCCAACUCCUCGCUUGCGACAAUCAAAGUCUAUUGAUGAAGGAAUGUUUGCUAAUGAUCAAGGUCUUCGAACAUUUAUGGCACCCCCUUCUUCGCUGCUAAAACUGUCACAAGGUGGGGGCAACGUGAAUGACUCCGAAGAACUCAUGAUUGUACGUGAACCUCUUAACACAAGAACAAGAAACUGCCCCGAUCUGGAUAGUCCAGUCAGCCUCCCAACAACAAUGAAGACCUUCAUCUCUAAUGGUGCAGAGUACCUACACCCGGUUACAGGAAAAGCUCUUGAUCCUAAUUCCCCAUUAGCCCUGGCGCUGGCUGCCCGAGACAGAGCAAUCAAAGAGCAAGCACAGCCUCCUCAACCACCGCCAAAGGUGGAACCCCAAAAACCAGACAUUAAUCAACCCCUUUUUAUUGAUACCAAGCUCCGUUCAAGUAUCGAGGCCAGCUUUAACGCCUCUGUGAGAGCAGGACGUGUUGGUCUUCAGAGGCAGAAGACAGAGUCCAAAUAUGAACCAGAGAGUAUUAAAGAGGUCAAGCAAGUUGAGGAGAAGAAGAACAUGGUGAUUGAUAUUGUUGAUACAUCGCAGCAGAAGCCUGCAGGAUUGUUAAUGGUGCACACGCUGGAUGGGGUAAAGCUUGAGGAAAAUAACGUGGAUGGAAGUAAGGAUGAAACGGGGCAUUCACAGGACACAAAACUGAGAGACUCUGAGCCUCCUUUGGCCCUUCACUCACAGACCUCUGUGCCAUGCCGGACAAAAAGCAUCACUGCAGGCGGAUCUGUAGAUGAACCUAUCAAACUGCCUUUCCGUAUCCCGCCUCCACCUUUCGCCUCGGUGGAUAUCGAUGAGGAAUUUGUAUUUGCAGAGCCUUUACCUCCUCCGCUGGAAUUUGCCAAUAGUAUUGACAUUCCUGAAGACCAGGUAGCAGAGAUUCUUAAGCAGAGAAAAAACAGCAUACCAGGAGGACUUUUGCCUCCGUACCACCCCCACGCUCCUCCACCCAUUAACGCAGAACAUAUACGUCCUGUCAGAAUCUCGAACUGCAUCCCUCUCCCCAGCUACCCUCCACCACCUCCUGAAAACUUCGAGCCAAUCUUAGACUCUGGAAUCGAAAUGGACAGUCGGAGUAGCGGAGACCCCCACCUAGAGACCACCAGCACCAUCUCCACAGUGUCCAGCAUCUCGACUCUGUCUUCAGAGGGCAGCGAGCCCUUGGACACCUGCACAGUCUAUGCAGAUGGGCAGGUCUUCCUGGUGGAUCGGCCCCCUGUGCCACCCAAGCCAAAAAUGAAGCCUAUUAUCAACAAAAGCAAUGCACUUUACAGGGACCCCCUGAUUGAGGAAAGCCCCGAAUCCUUCAGUCAACCCCCACCUGCACCUCCUCCACCCCAGUCCGAGUCCCACAAAACACCCACUCAAAGAGGUUCUAAACUCUGGAGGGAGUCUCCUGAGCUCCGGAGUCCGCCCUCGUCCAUUCCGGAUCCUAAGGCCAAUGUGAUUAGCGAGUUGAGCUCCAUCCUGCAGCACAUGAACCGGGAAAAGUACCCGAAACAGGGGGAUUCUCUGGAUUCUCCCACAGGGCCGAGGAGCUUCACUAACAGGGACUCUGUGGUUCCCUCUGUCUCAGGUACCCCCCGCUCCACCUCUCUGACCUUCACCACACCGUCCACUCCUCCCUCCAUCCUCCCCUCGUCCAUCACCUCUCCUCCUGCAUCCAGCCCCACGCCCUUCACGCCGGGCCCCGUCUCUUCUCCGGCCCCGACUCCGCCCCUCUGCUCGUUCGGCAGCCGCUCGGCGUCUCCUUCGUCCUUGCUGCACUCGUCCUCGUCGUCCUCGUCUUCGUCCAACGCCAAGCCGUUCUCCGGCAAACCCGUGCUGCUGUGGACCAAGCACGACGUGGCGGACUGGCUGGAGAGCCUGAACAUGGCCGAGCACAGGGACGCCUUCAUGGAGAACGAGAUCGAGGGCUCUCACCUGCCUAACCUGCAGAAAGACGACCUGAUCGACCUGGGCGUGACCCGAGUCGGACAUCGCAUGAACAUCGAGCGGGCGCUCAAGCUGUUGAUGGACAGAUAAAGGAGGGACGAGUCACUUCCUCCGUCGCCUUCGUUC